UAACACAAUAAAUUGUCAAGAUGGCGUCGCAGCAGCAGCAACUUGGCGGUCCGAUGUCUCAACCCGGAUUACAACAGGCUGUUUCAAUACAACAACAGCAACAACAACAACUCAGUCAACAGCAAGACUUCGAUCCAGUUCACAGAUUUAAAUUGCUUAUUCCUCAACUGAAGGAGAGUUUGCAGAACUUAAUGAAGAUUGCAGCCUUAAAUUUGACUCAUAACACUUCAAUUGACAACGGCAUUAAAAGCAGCGAUACUUCGAUUCAACGCUUCGACAAAAGCUUAGAGGAGUUUUAUGCUCUUUGUGAUCAAGUGGAGCUGUGUUUGCGUCUGGCGUACGAGUGUCUUUCACAGAGCAUCGACAGCGCCAAACAUUCCCCCAACCUGGUCCCAACAGCCACCAAGCCCGACACUGUGCAGACAGAGUCCAUGUCUUAUGCCCAGUACCUCAGCAUGAUCAAGUCUCAGAUCUCCUGUGCCAAAGAUAUCCACACUGCGUUACUGGAGUGCUCCAAGAAGAUCGCAGGAAAGGGACAACAUCAGGGGAUCAUGUAGACUUGGACUGAUGAUAUUCCAAAUCGUUUUGCAUCUUGUGCAGAAAUCUAUUGGAUUUAUUUUUGAAGUUGUAUUUUUUUGUAAAUAUUGGUGGUAAACGAGCUUGUUAUUUAGUGACCAACAGGUGGCGACAGAGUUGCAGGCACCAUUUUCUUUUGUAACAUACCAGUAUUUGUAUUGACUAAUAAAACCUUUCUAAAUAUAUUUCCUAUUAUUAAGUAUGGAAAAAACAUCAACUGGUGUGGAAUUAAAAUGUGCAAACAAUUUUUACGUAUCUUCUACUGUGUAGCUGUAACAUUAAAACAAAUUUAAUGCAGCUUUGUUAAAAACAUGAACUUCGCAACAAGUGUAGGUAUUAUUGUAAUUAGGUCGGCUCACAUGGAGCAAAAGUCGAGCUGGUUUUUACAGUAAUUCUGUAACAAUCAUGUUGCAUUGUAU